ACAUGGGCAUCUAUUGUGAUAGUGUCCACAGUGUGUGUAUUCUAUACAACUUUGGGAGGUAUAAAGGCGGUACUGUGGACCGACGUCUUCCAAUUCGUCGUUAUGGUGACGGCCAUGCUAGCAAUAUUAAUCAAGGGCUACAUAACAAUAGGAGGAAUGUCUCCGGCCUGGGAUGCUAUGGCAGCAGGAGACAGAUUGAAUUUCUUCGUGUUUGACCCGUCUCCUGCCACUCGUCACUCAUUCUGGACAAUGCUUAUUGGGACCACCUUUCUGUCCAUUGGGUUCUCUUGUUUCAACCAGGCCAGUGUACAGAGGAUUGGCUCCGUCAAGACGGACAAAGAUGCAGUAAAGGCUGUGCUGAUGAACGCACCAUUUCUGCUGGUCCUUACCGUCCCUGCCGCCCUGUGUGGAAUAGCAGUUUACACACAUUACACUUUGCUGAGGUGUGACCCGUUAAAGAUGAAAUACGUCAAGAAUGAGAACGAGCUACUGGCUUAUUAUGUGAUGGAUGUUCUGCAAGAUUUGCCGGGAGUUCCCGGUCUGUUUAUUGCCGCGCUGAUGUCGGGCGCUCUCAGUUCUAAUUCCUCUUCUCUCAACGGCAUAGCUGCAAUUUUAUGGGAGGAUUUCCUUAAAUAUCGGUAUGGCAAGAUUAGCGACUGGAAGGCGGCGCUUAUAGCCAAAAUAACAGUUAUCGUGUUUGGUGGUAUAGGGACCUUGGUAGCAUUCAUGGUGACUCUAAUAGGUGGAACAAUAUUCCAGAUUGCACUAGGGUUUGAUGGUGCCACCAACGGGCCGUUAUUCGGUCUUUUCUUUCUGGGUAUUCUGUGUCCGUUCGCCAAUUGGCAGGGGGCUCUAACAGGGGGAGCCACCAGCGUUGCCAUUCUACUGUGGUUGAAUAUUGGCAGUCAACUUACAUCAUCCACUUCUUAUAAUCCCAUUCUGCCGUCCGUUCCCAGCGACCGCUGCGAGAUUAACGCCACCGUGAACGAGACUUGGACAUAUGGCGUCACGACUGUUUGGAAUGCUCAAAGUAACGUCACAACCCUUGGUGCUGUAAUGAGUGGAACAGGGUCACAGUCUUAUUCAGGAUUAAACGGAUUUUAUGCCACGUCCUAUUUGUACUAUUCACCUCUUGGUAUCCUUACCACAGUAUUGGUUGGGGCUGCUGUCAGCGCCAUCAUCAAUCGUUACACGCGCAGACAGCCGUAUUUUGACAAGAAUUUGGUGCUAAGGCCCUUACGACGUUUCGUUCCCAGCAAAACGAAAUACGCAUACGAGUUGGAAGCGACCCCGCCAACCGAGGAAAGUUGUCAGUCAGCGUUAACUGACUCGUAAACUGUCUUGCCCACCAAUGGUUACAUUCGCAACAGCGGGCUAAUAGAUCCCACUUGAAUGCUUGUCGCUUAAUUCUCGCGGGGAAUGUAUUCAGUGUUUACAAGGGGAUUAUGCCGCAAACUGUCAAGUGGGUUGGCCUUAUUUGAUCUCUUAC